UAUAGUAGGGCUAUUAUCCGAAUGCAAGAGACCCUUUACUCGGUCCACAAAACUCUAGUUGGACACACUGAUUCGAUCAGCUGCUUGCGGUUUUCUCCAAAAGGUCACCUCUUAGCUAGCAGUGGAGAUGACAGUCAGUUGAUAAUCUGGGAGACGUCAACGGGAAUCAUUCGCCAUCAGAUCACCACCCUCAGCCCUGUCUUUGCGAUGGUAUGGGAUCCUCGCUACAAGUCGAGACUAUUUUGCGGGUGCGAGAAUGGGAAAACUUUGCUCGUCUAUCGCUUUCAGGUAGCUUACCAAACCAAUCAAAACUUCAAUACCUCUAAUAGAUAUGAAUUGCAGGGCCCAGAUCACGAAGUCCUGACUGGCACAGUAGCACCAGUAUACGCAUUAGAUGUCGAUGCGGUUACUGGUUACUUAGCUAUAGGCAUCGGAUCUGAAGUGCACGUCGCACGGGAGAUCUCUGGCAAUACUUUCGCGACAUUCACAAUCCUCCCCAAACCCGCCGAUUUGUCCGAUAUGUUACCUGACAGCAGAGUUCGUCCGAGAUCCGUACAUUUCUUGAAGAACGGCACAAGGUUGAUCAUCUCCUACCUCAAUCACGGCAUUAUAUGUUGGGAUCUGAAGACCCGUGAUGCCUUAUGGCACAUUGUCCCGCCUCUUAGUCGACCUAAUAUUUGCGCUACUAGUGGUUAUGCUGCUUUGUCCCAUAACGCCCGCUAUCUACUUGUUUCAAACAUGAAUAUCGGCAUGAAUUUGUAUACCUUAGGCAAAAAGGAACCAUUGCAAUCUUUCCUCCAGCCCACAAAUACAGGCAUCAAUUUUCCACUCGGCGUAAGCUUUUUGCAUGGGGGGAGAGCGGUUGUAUGUGGCUCGCAGACGGGCAGCGUCAAAAUCUGGGAGACGCUUUCCGGAGAGCAUCUGCAAACGCUCGAACACAAA